CAGUAAUUUAAAGUAAAUAUUUGCAGGAGUAGCAUGGUAUGAAUCGCCUUAGAAGCCUAUCGUCUUGGUUUACUACAGAGACAGAAGAAACCCCUAAUAAGAAGAUAAAGUUAUCUAAGGAUUAUGAUGCCAAUCCUUUUAUUACAAGCUCACCGCCCGCAUCGCCAUCAAUUCCGAAGCGGCACUCGCUAUUAGGGUCGCUGCUCUCGCCAGUGCUGACCCUCUUUUCUAGGGACAGAGAUGAAGAUGAUCAGAAGUCAACCUCUAGUGACACUAGUGACUCCCAGACUCAAAUACAUAUAGAAGAAGAGCUACCUCCAAUCUUCCCAAUGUGCGACACCUGUGCCGGAUUAGCACGACAGUACAAAUGUAAAAGCGACCUGGACCUCCUGCACGCGUACGACAACCCAGACGACUGCAUGCCGGACUGGCAGGACCCGUACUAUUUCAUCAAACAUGUCCCCCCACUGCCGGAGUACCUCAAGUUUAGGAAACCAGUGCUCCCAAUGAAAUCCAGACAGACCCCUCGCAAGACGAUUGUUCUAGAUCUGGACGAGACACUGGUUCAUUGCAGUCUGGAGCUAUUACACGAUGCUACCCUCGUCUUCCCCGUCUACUUUCAACAGAACACCUACCAGGUAUACGUGAGAAUACGACCACACUUCAAGGAGUUCCUCCAAACGAUCAGCGAGAAAUACGAAGUAAUCCUGUUCACCGCCAGCAAGAAAGUUUACGCAGACAAACUACUUAAUCUGCUGGAUCCGGAUAGAUCGCUAGUAAAGCACAGGCUGUUCAGGGAACACUGUGUCCAGGUACACGGAAACUACGUAAAAGAUCUGGAGGUUUUAGGACGAGAUUUGUCUCAUACAGUUAUCAUCGACAAUUCCCCCCAGGCAUUUGCAUACCAGUUAUUCAACGGUAUUCCGAUAGAGUCCUGGUUCAAGGAUCAGGAUGACAAGGAGUUACUGAACCUCGUACCUUUCCUUGAACAUCUCGCUUCACUCGAGGAGGACGUGAGACCCCACAUCAAACAAAGAUUCAAACUGCACAAACUGUUACCCCCGGAUUAACCACACUCUCUCUCUCUCUCAUUAACAUCUGUAUUUAGUAAUUUAUUUUCCUACGUUUUGUAAGAUAGACCUCCCGCGCGCUUGUCUUCUGUGUUUGGUUUGUGAAGCAAAGUAAGCCCCGGAGUUCUGUGAAGGAUAGUAGGGUUACCAUGGUAACAGGUGGGUGACACUUUGUGUCUUCUGUGAAGGAGCAGGAUUACACAAAUUUGGAGAUAAUAAUAAAAUAAUGCAAAUACAGACCAUGCUAAUUUCGACGUAAGAUGGAAAUGUCGUGCAACUUUUGAGAUGAUGCUCAUAUUGAUCAAUGAUCAUCCUAAUUCAAUUAGCAAUUAGCAGCUAAUUGCGAGAUAAUGCGAAUUUUAAUCAUGCUAAUUCUAAAAUGAUGGAAAUUAGUUUGAUCCUACUAAUACCUGGGUAGUUUAAUGGCUUUUGUAUUUCUUGUUUGCGAGGUUCAAAUGAAAAUUCGGCUCACGGCGUACUUUGUUCCACAACAUUCAUACAUGUUCACAACGCAGAAUGUUAAAUUAUUAUCACGUAAGUGUCAUCGCAUGUUGGGUUAAAUAUUGUAAAAACUAAGUUUCAUUUUAAACUUUUAAUACAUAUAAUAUUGUUUAUUUUAUCUUGUUCAUAGUACUUUAAAUAUAUUCGAAAGUUAUGUAUUUCGUGACUGAAAAUCUUUUAAUCUUGUUAAAAUCAUCUUUAACGGAUAUAUGUAUAGUUAUACGGUGUUUUUAUCCACUUACUAAUGUACUGCAACCCAAAUUACUGAUAUAUCCGAAUUAAUAUUUUACGUUUCGGAAAAUAUGAUAAUUUAAAUUUAAAAUAUGUCACAACAGUAUUAGGGCUGAUCAACUGGUCUGUGUGCAUUAUUGGAUAUUGAUGAUUGUUCUCGUUGUUUGGAGUAUCUAAAACCAAAACCCGUUGCAGUUACCGUGGACACUAUAUUCUAUUUAAACCGUUUGCGCUGAAAAUGUGUAGUGAUAUGUAAAAAUGAGUUGUGUAAUUAUCAUUGGAUCAAAGUUCCUUAAUCACGAAAAUACGAAAAUACGAAAAUAAAGUUCAAUUUCCAAAGUUGCGGCGAGAAGUAUUGUUAAACUGGUGUUUUCUUUUUCGAAAGAAAGCUCCUUAAAUUUGAUUUUGACCUAUUAUAGUAUUACAACUACAAGCACCACAACAAUUCCAAAUCGUAUCGAGUUCAGAGUUGAUCUAGGAACUUUGAUCUUUAAUGGCUACUGCUAAUUCGUAAAUGGAUUUAGCAUUUCGUUUACCCUA